ACUCAGUGGGAACAGACCCGUGCAAGACACCAGACAUGAUGGAAGAAGUAGGAAUGCUCCUGGACUUCUGAUGAAGAGCUAACAGCUCUCUACAGCAUCGUUGCUGAUCACGUCUCUACCUUGCUGGAGAAGUUUCCACAGUGAAGAUGUCAUGGGUGCCACAAUGAAAUCCCAGCUGCUAUGAGUUGACUCUUCUUGUGAAAAGUGUCGUGCAUGGCUUUCAUCUAAACACCACUGAUGGGUUUGACCUGGAUCAAUUCAAAUGACAAAAACACUGUGGACAAGUUCCCUUGGAUGUGUGGCCUUGUGGUGGCAGGAAGAGCCCUGGUUCACAAAGGAUGCAGAGAUGCUCACACAUUGAUGGGAAAAGGGGUUUCCUCAGCAGCAUCCGGCCAUCUGGAAAUGCAGCUCUGCCUGCUGAAAAUCUGCCCUUUGAAAUGCCAAGUCAGUCUGGACACAGCUGUCCCUGCCUCUGUUAAACAUUUGCUAAGUGUCUAAAGGGCAGGAUCAGAGCACAGGUACCAAUGUGCAAGUGGAUGUGGGAGGCCAAUGCCCUGACACUUCCCAGCACAGGGAAAAACCCCUCCCACAUCUGCUCAGUCCAUCACAGAGGUUCUGGUGCUGUCACACAGGCAAAGAGCCCACCUCUGUCUCAGGAAGCGCUUGCGUGGGUUCCUGGAGGCUGGAGAGGGCUCGGUACUGUCGCAGUGCUGACUCUGUUCACGUGUGCCUUCCAGAGGCACCUGCUGCAGCCAGCACCGUGGAGCAGGAGCUGGAGGGGCUGCAGGCAUGUCCCCGUGCAGUGCCACAGCUGAGGAGGCAUCCUCCAAGGAAGGUGCCACUGGAAGGGACACAGUAAAAGGCCGGCUUAAUUUGUUACCACGCCGCUAACUCCCGUCAGCUCCAGACUGUUUCUGCAAGGACGCCAAAGACAAUUUUGUUCAGAGUCCAUAAAUUUCCCUAGUUAAGAACUAAGCUAAGAACAUUCCCUACUGACACAAAUUGUGACAGAAAACAACAGUGAACUCUUAUAACUGCUAAGAAUGAACAUGACAAUGAAAAAUUGAGCACUAGAGGACUACCUAGCCCUGAAGGGAGAGGCUCUUCAGCUUCCAUUCCGUAUCCAGUUCCACACUCCACUAGAAUCUUGCAAAGUUUUGUAAUGCACAAUCCAUAGCUGCCUAAAUACUUUUUCAAAGGGAGAACCUGUAGGGAGCACCCACCAUCCAAAACCAACAGAGAAGACUGCAGACAGACCAUGGCUGAUGUUGGCUGGGUUGUUGCCUUCAGCUAAGUGUGUGGCUCUUAGUGCUUGUAGUGAGAGUCAUCUCUGCUGGAAAGAUGUCAGACACCAGCUAUUCCAAUGUCUGGUGGAAAUAGUUUGCUUCUGGCCUGCAAGCCUGUGGAAUUUUCCACUCCUGAAGCAAUACCAGCGUCAUGGAGUGGAACGGCCUCUCCCGGUGCAUGCAGACAUCACGGCAAUGCUGAGCACGGACCUCCUGCAGCAACCUCUGGCCACCAUGGGAGCAGCAUAAGGGAUUUGGUGAGCUGAGGGUACCCCACAGCUGUGCAUCCCCUCGGCAUACAUUCCCCAUCCCUGUGCAAGGAAGUCUUGCAAGUUCAAGCUGUUUUUUCCCCUUUUCCCAUUGUCCUCUCAGGCUACACAGGAAACAGGAGAACGGCUAUUUCCUUGUUUCUUUUGUUCAGUUGAUCCCUUAUCCAUUCCCAGUGGAGAGCUUCCCACAGCCCAGAAAGCCCCUAUAAACCUAACACCCCAAGAUUCACUGACCAAACGUCACCUUUUCCCUUUCCUGGUUAAUCAUUCUCCCUUGCACGCUCCACAGAUGGCAGCUUUGCAGGGGUCAGCUUCAGACUGAACUAUUUGAACUAUUUGCUGACCCAAGACAGUGGUGCUGAGAGGAGGGACGGGUCUGGGGAGGCAGGAAAGGUCUUCCGCUCCUGCCUUGCUUUUCUUUCUCACUCCAUCCCUGGAGACCCGAAGGCCACAUCAUGAUCCAGCAGCAGCUGAGGCAGCUCCUGCCAGAGAGGAAGGUGGAUACUUCUGCUGCCCUCACGCUGCUUGGCAGGUCAGUGGCAGCUGUGGUGGUCUGGAAAUGGCUGGGCAAAAAGAUGAUCCAGAAGAAAAUGGAAGAAGCUCGGAAAACCCGGGAUGAGGGUCUGAAGAAAAUGGCAAAGGCUGUCCAGCAGUUCAGGGAGCAGGUAACCCGUCCUUCUGCGGGAUCUGAGUCCCACUGGGGGAAGAGAAGGAGCAUCCGCCUGCCCUCCAGCUUCUGUGGGCUGUGUGGGCUCAAACCCACGGCAGAAAGGCUCAGGUGGUUCCUUGUGCUCUGGGGGCCGAUGGCGAGGGACGUGGACAGCCUGGCCCUGUGCAUGAGGGCACUGCUCUGCGAGGAGAUGUUCCAGAUGGACCCCACUGUGCCCCCCAUCCCCUUCAACGGGAAGCUUAAAGAUGUUGCUAUGAUUUCCACUUGCAGGUCAGUGAAGGAGAUGUGGAAUCAUAACCAUCAAAUUCAGGUGUACCGCUCCGAGUUCAUCACCCAGUGGAAGGAACUCCAUCUGGACGUUGUGCUGUGCCCUGUCCUGGGGCCUGCCUUCACCACAGGAUACCCCGGGAAACUCCUCACUGCCAUCUCCUCCACGAUGCUGUACAACAUCUUGAACUUCCCUGCUGGGGUUGUACCUGUCAGCACAGUGACAGAAGCAGAUGAGGAAGAGCUGGAGCUUUACCAAGGAUGCUGAGAUGACCCCUGGGACAGGAAGCUGAAACAGGCUGUGUCAGGAGCCGUGGGGAUGCCCGUGGCAGUGCAGUGCCUGGCCUUGCCAUGGCAGGAGGAGCUGUGCCUGCGGUUCAUGAAGGAGGUGGAGACCCUCAGCCGUGAGAAGAGAGGGGCAUAGCCCCCAUGGUCCCCUCAGGACCAAAGGGACAGCACUGCAUGACUGCCAGUGGCAGUGCAGAGACUACAAAGAGGAGGGAAGGAGGAAGGAAACACCAUUUCCUGACCUCUCUCCUUGCCAAUAAGCACGGAUCCUGUAAGGAACCAGGAUGCCAUGCAGAGAGCAGGACUGGCUUUAAGCUGGGUUCAAAUGAUGAUAAAUUUAUGCACUGCACCUUCCUGCAAGGAUGGACAUGGGUGAGUUUUCACGCCUUCACCCCCAUUUCCAUCGAUGCUGCCCCUUGCAGAAGCAGGGUGGUGCUGAGAGAAAACGGUUACAAAAUCUCUAAUACUUUCUUGUUGACACUGGAGUAACUUCAUAUGGGCUGCCCUGUGAGGGAUACAGCCAUGCCCACCCUGUCCAUCACUGUAUUUUCCUCACAGAAAUAAAAAUGUAGCUAUUAAGCAACUCUUAUCAUAAACUCAGUAAUCAUUCACUGAUGGCUAUGGUUCUAUAACUAGUUACUAUUCAGAAUCAUACAAACACCUGCCCCCCAAACAUUAAAUGGCAUCUUGCAUAGGAGCAUUCACACUUUCCCACAGCCUUCCUGUCUGUGAGGGAUAGCAGCAGUCACUGGCCUUUCCACAGCACCAAAUCUCCAGCAUCACAAACAUAUUUUCAGCCUCACAGGAGGGGCAUUCUUAGGAACCUCUGAUUUCAGGACCUCAGGCUGCUCUUUCUGAAGGCAGGAGAUAAGCAGAGACAGAUGCAACUCAUUUAUGCAGAUGGUGAGAUCUGGGACAAAGACUGAGAUCCCCAGAUGGUGUUUGUUAACCCAAACCUGCUCAUGUAGGAUCAAAGCAGUCAGACAGGAGGGAGAAAGCAGCACCCACACAGGGCCAUUUAUCCUGCCCCACACAGAUGGAUAAAUCGCUCCCUCUGAUAAGACCUCUCUUUCCUAGAUUAAACACCUCAGUCUCAAACACAUAAAAUAUUCAGGAGACUUCACAGCAGGUCUUUCUCAUUUAUUUUCUAUGUCUGCAGUAAAAAAGCGGACUUCCUUUGGGACAUUUUAAAAGGAAAAAUAAAUACAAAGCAGUUGUACUUUCCCUGGAAAUUUGGGAUAUUUCCUGACAGCAAACAGACAUAGCCUGUUGCCCCUUCUACAUCCGACGUAAUUUGCAGAAAUACAUAGGUCCAAAGUUGGCUGUGAGGUGAGGCAGAACAAGCUCCCCCAGCCGGCAACCUGAGAAGAAGGAAAACGUGUCCUGGAAGAGCGUCCGAAAGUGGCUCAAGUCCUCAACGUGGACACUGAUGUUAAACUGGGUUUCUGCAAUUUCUACCGCUCUCUCGACCACACACUCGUUCUGCAGCGGGGAGAGGGAGCACGUGGAGUACACCACAUCUCCUCCUGGCUUGGCAGAGAGGAUCCCAGCCCUGCAGGCAAGAUGAACACAUGCAUUGUCACAGGAAGAAGAGGAGUGUGGGGCACAGGCACUACCACCCACCAAAACUGGGAAGCCAGCAGGUGACUCAUAGGAAGAGACAGACAAAUCUUGAACUCCACAGACUCAGCAGUCUGUGCCACUGCAGCGUGAGGACUGUUUUAGGCCAAGGCAAUGAGUCAAAUGGAUGCUUAGACUGAUAAUGAAUUUAACAUGGGAGAGAUGCUACUGGAGAGCAGCUGGAAGGUAUAACCCUGCAGUCAUGUCCAAGGGAAUGGGAUAAGAGCAUGUAGAGGGGAGGAGAUUCUUGCAGUACAAGCACUGCUAUGGGACUCUCUGUUUCCUUAUUGUCACAGCACGGUGAGUCGAUCCAGCCUUCCCAGCAAAAUGGGGUGAUGAAGCACCCCAUGUGCUGGGAGAUGUGGGCACUCAGGGAUCCUCCAGGGCUGAUCAGUGGGAUCUGGGAGACCAUCACCCAAAAGGACAACACAAUAUCUAUCAUGUUCCUUAGACCCUUCUCCCUAGCUCCUACAGCUACUGCUGGGGACAGGCAGGACCUGUGAUCUGACCAAGAAUAUUUGCACCUUCUUACACUUAUAUUAUGCUUUGAUGCAUUCCAACUAUUGCUCUUCCAGAAAACUACGCACGCUUCCCACAUUUCCCAGUUGGGGACAGACAAAGUAAAAAGAGGUUUCAGUGCUGGCCAUGGAGAGCUACGACUGUAACACAAACAGCACGAGCACACAGCAUCGAGCUCACUCACAUCAGCAGCUGCAGCUGCAGCAUGGGCAGCAUCUGACGCUCCUUGGUUCGCCUCUUGUGGAAGAUGUUGUUGUCCUCCUCCAUGGCAGAGUGCCUGUCCGUCGUGCAGGGCACAUCCACCAGCACCUGCAGCAGCAGAGAUCCCUGUCAGUCCCAUGCCCAGGUCGAGCUCAGUGAGUCCCCCUGUGCAGCUUCCCCGUGCCCACCUCCUCCACCCUCACCACGCACAAGCAGCUCCCGGUGCCUGAGCACGGGUGUGCACCACACCGAACUGUAAUCAUCUGGCUGCUCUGGCAUUUUGGGAAUGUGCAAACAGUCCCAGAGAUGGUGGAAAACAUCUCACACUUGCGCAUGUCCUCGUUUAAUGUUCCUCCUCUGGGUGUCUGCCUGGAAGAUGUCACAGAAGCACACAUGGCCAGUGCUCCUACAGCAACACCUCCCAGAGCAUCAAACCCAGCCCCUGAGGCUGGACAUGGCUGAGAAAACAGAAUUAUGUAAUCUUCACACCUAACCCCUUCCAGGUGAUGGACAAGAACAUGGUAUUACACAAGCAAAUAAAAGUACCACUCUGAAUGCACAUAUGCACCGGAUCCUGAAGGAAGGGAUAGCAGGAGGAAAUAUUAUUCCCUAUGUGUCUUAGUCCUCUCUCUUUCUCUGCAUUUCAGAUUGUGGAAAACUACACAGUUAUACUGUAGGAUAAGCUGCUGCCUUCCUCAAAAAGAGGGUUUAUCUUCACCGGUUCCCAAUAACCUACCUUAUGGAAAGUGUCACCUUCCACAUCCUGCCAGUCCCUUCCGUCGUAGGACGUGACACUCACAGUUUCCCUGACUUCUUUGGGAACAUACUUAUGAAAGAUCUGGUGCAGCCUCUUUGUCCGGGAAAUGGAGACAUCGUUGGCUGCCAGAUGCCCUGCAGGGACACAACAGGAACACUGGGAAUUGCAAAAACACACCUGAUUCCCAACUCUUAUACUCAGAAAUUAUUUACAGUCAGACAUUAAUGAGCACAGCACGCUCUUCCAGCUCUGUUUAAGGAUGGAGAACAAGGGAACACCCACCUCCAUUUACACAAAGCCCAGUCUGCAGCAGAGCCAGAGUCUUGCCACCUGGAGCCGCACAAAGGUCAAGGACAAGGUCAUCCUGCUGCACAUCGAGUGCAAGGACGGGCAGGAGAGAUGCUGCAUCCAUGAGAUAAUAACCAAGGAGCCCCAGAAUGUCUGGCCUGGAAAUCACCAGUUUGUGUAACACAAGCAAAUGUGCAAGGGGAAAAGAAAAGAAAAGAGCAGUUGGAAGUGAGGACUGGGAUGUAGGGAAGCAGCAACCCCCAAGGCUGGCAACGAGAGUGGGUGGUCUGUCCAGGGAUGUCUCACCGUGCAGGGCAAAAGCGUGUGAUGUCACCCCUGGGGAAGGUGUAACACUUGAUUUUGGGGCUGAUGGAGGCACGAAACGGUGGCGAUGUCUCUGCCUGUAUCACAGUCCUGCCCUGAACACAGCCCUCCUGGGAGCCUCUCACUGCUUCCCUCGCAGCCACACCCCGCUGUGAUUGCUGUGCCUUUUGGAGGGCUUCGGAAACGAAAUCGGUGGCAUUCAGCAGCUCCAGCUCUUGGGUGACGUGGUCGACAGCAGAGAAGUUGUUGAGGAGGGCGCCGUACUUCUGCUCACAGAGCAGGCCAGCACGGACAGAGGGCCACAGCUCCCCCAGGUGCAGGCUGUAGCUCGUGUCGAAGUGGUGCAGGGCCAGCCGUGUGGACGGGAUGCGGGGGGCCGUGGUAGCCUUGGGGGGAAAAAAUACCAGAGACAUUAAAAGAAAAAUAGCUCGGCAUCCCAGUACCUCCACCCAGCCUCCAUGUUUUUCUGGGAGAAUCCAGCGCUGGAUUCUGUGCUGCCAGAAGUCGACGAGGCCUUUCCACUGCCCCUGAAAGUGGCAGGGACAGGUGAACCCCUACAUCCACAGGCUGGUGGUGGCCCGGAGAGGGUUCAGGAGUACAAAUGUGACAGGACUCGAGGAAAAAGCAUGAAGCUGAUUCGGGAGAGGUUUAGGUUAGAUAUCAGGAGGAGGUUUUUCACCCAGAGGGUGACUGAGCACUGGCACAGGCUCCUCAGGGAAGUGGCCAAGCCUGUCUGAGUUCAAGAAGCGUUUGGACAAUGCUUCAGGAACAUGGUGUGAUUCUUGGGGAGUCCUGCACCGGGCCGGGAGUUGGACUGGACGAUCCUGAUGGGUCCCUUCCAACUCGGCAUAUUCCAUGAUCCCACGAAUGGCCGAACGAUUCCACGAUUCCAUGCAUGGCCGAAAGGGGCUGGGUGCACGGGGUGGGCUCGCGGGGAGAGAGAACGGCCGCGCACUGAGCAGCGGA